CGCGCCCGGACGCUCGUGAUUUACAAACAGCGCAGCCGCCGCUUGGGAUGCUGGGGCGACCCUUAUGCAAAUCGAGACGACGUCAUCGCGAUGGCCCGGGUGGAGACUCACAACCCCGGUGGGAGAAAGCGGAAGGAGAAUGAGUGCAUUGACUUUUGGGUCAACAAAGGGCCGUUGGAUGAGGACCCUCAGCCGGCCGAGCUCUCGUGGCCCUCCUGGGUUAUUUGUGCCGCCGAGCCCUCCUGUAGACCCUGAGAAGAUCAAAGAGUUACAACGCUUCAUUACCCUUUCCAAGAAACUUCUUGUGAUGACAGGCGCAGGAGUAUCCACGGAGUCUGGGAUCCCAGACUACAGGUCGGAAAAGGUUGGACUGUACGCCCGCACCGACCGGAGACCCAUCCAGCACAUGGAUUUCAUACGCAGUGCUCCAGUCCGCCAGCGGUACUGGGCCAGAAACUUUGUGGGCUGGCCUCAAUUCUCCUCUCACCAGCCCAACCCAGCACACUGGGCUUUGAGCAGCUGGGAGAAACUUGGGAAGCUGCACUGGUUGGUGACUCAGAACGUGGACGCUCUGCACUCCAAGGCCGGGAAUCAGCGGCUGACAGAGCUCCAUGGAUGCAUGCACAGAGUCCUGUGCCUGAACUGUGGCGAGCAGACUCCCCGCAGGGUGCUGCAGGAACGUUUCCAAGUCCUGAACCCCAGCUGGAGCGCCGAGGCGCAGGGUGUGGCCCCUGACGGAGAUGUGUUCCUCACCGAGGAGCAGGUCCGCAGCUUCCGGGUCCCGUCCUGUGAUCGAUGCGGUGGCCCGCUGAAACCAGAUGUCGUUUUCUUUGGGGACACGGUGAACCCAGACAAGGUUGACUUCGUGCACAGGCGUGUGAAAGAGGCCGAUUCCCUGCUGGUGGUGGGAUCGUCCCUGCAGGUCCCUAAGGAUUCUUCCUUUCCCUUCAAACUAAUGGAAGCUUACCGACUGCGUCCUAUAGAGGGCAGCAGAGCAAUGUCUACAGGCCAGUCCACCGCUGCCCCCUGCUGUUUACAGACCAGCUGUCAGAGUCCUGGGGUAGAGCUGCCCUCCCCCACAAGAAAGACUUCAAGAGGUAGCUGUUCUUGAUGGCACAGCUCUGUCACCUUCCCUUUCAUAUGACCUGGAAGAAGAAACAGGAAGUUCAUAAGCCAGCACGGUCUGUGGAGGGCCGACAUUGAGAUCUCAGUAAUUCUGGGAAUAACCAGAAGGGCAUCUGUAAUUCGCUUGUAAUUCCAAGUGGUUGUGUCUGACUGGAAGCACUUUGAUAUUUUUUAACAACAUGAGCAAUAGCAUAAGUUAAUUUUUUUUUAUUAACCAAACAAUAAAUUAUUUUUAAUAGCA